AGCUCGCCAGCUGCUCGCCAGCCCGCGGGACGGAGCCAAGAAUUCGAACGCUUCCGCGGUUGGCGGCUCAGCGUCCUGGCCUCGAGUUGCCCGGCUGCGCUUGGCGUUCCGAACACACGCACACACGCACACACGCAGUUUCUUUUUUUAAUACCUCCAGGGAAAGAGAAUCGUCCUCAAGCUGGCGGGAGCAAUGGUGCAUAUAACGAAAGGCGAGCUGACCCAGGAAGAAAAGGAGCUGCUAGAAGUCAUCGGGAAAGGUACUGUCCAAGAAGCUGGAACAUUAUUAGCCAGCAAGAAUGUUCGUGUCAACUGUUUGGAUGAGAAUGGAAUGACCCCUCUAAUGCAUGCUGCAUAUAAAGGAAAACUUGAUAUGUGCAAAUUACUUUUACGACAUGGAGCUGAUGUAAAUUGUCAUCAACACGAACAUGGAUACACAGCCCUCAUGUUUGCUGCACUUUCUGGUAACAAAGACAUCACGUGGGUAAUGUUGGAAGCUGGUGCUGAGACAGAUGUUGUAAACUCUGUAGGAAGAACAGCAGCUCAGAUGGCAGCCUUUGUGGGUCAACAUGAUUGUGUGACUAUAAUCAACAAUUUCUUUCCUCGAGAGAGAUUGGAUUAUUACACUAAACCCCAGGGACUGGAUAAAGAGCCAAAACUGCCUCCAAAGUUGGCAGGCCCACUGCACAAAAUUAUUACUACAACAAACCUUCAUCCUGUCAAGAUCGUGAUGCUUAUAAAUGAGAAUCCUCUGCUGGCAGAAGAAACCGCUCUGAAUAAAUGCUACAAAGUGAUGGAUUUAAUUUGUGAGAAAUGUAUGAAGCAAAGAGACAUGAAUGAAGUAUUGGCUAUGAAAAUGCAUUACAUCAGCUGUAUCUUUCAGAAAUGCAUUAACUUCUUAAAAGAUGGAGAGAAUAAACUGGACACUCUGAUCAAAAGCUUGUUAAAAGGCCGAGCUUCUGAUGGCUUUCCCGUAUAUCAAGAAAAGAUCAUCAGAGAAAGUAUCAGAAAAUUUCCUUACUGUGAAGCCACACUCCUCCAGCAGCUGGUGCGAAGCAUUGCUCCUGUUGAAAUUGGUUGGCUGCUGUGCCAUGAGGAUCCCCUGUGGCACUUUCCUGCACCGUGGAUGCCUGGGCCCUCCAGAGCUUUUUGGACCUGUCUGCCUCCGGGUUCUGAUCCUACUGCAUUCUCUGUACUUACCCAAGCCAUCACUGGUCAGGUGGGUUUUGUGGAUGUUGAAUUUUGCACUACCUGUGGCGAAAAGGGAGCAAGUAAAAGGUGUUCCGUAUGCAAGAUGGUAAUAUAUUGUGAUCAAACCUGCCAGAAAACACACUGGUUUGCACAUAAGAAAAUCUGUAAGAAUCUAAAGGACAUUUAUGAAAAACAACAAUUGGAAGCUGCCAAAGAAAAGAGUGAAGAGGAAAACAAUGGCAAACUUGAUGUCAAUUCUAAUUGUGUUAAUGAAGAGCAGCCAGAGGCUGAAGCAGGAAUCUCUCAAGAGGAUUGUAACCCUAAGGAUUCUGUGGAAGGGGAGAAAGAACACCCUCAGAAUGCAGCUGGGCUGGAUGGCUUACAGGAUGCUCCUGCAGGUCCACAGGAAUCUGAGGAGUGAAAGCCAGAGCAGGUGCCAUUGUGGACGGUUCAUACCCUGGCAGGUAGCUGGAAAGCUCAUGUGACUGUGUCCUCACUGCCUCAUGACACCGCAUGGCACCAUGGCAGGAUUCCAUGUUUCCUAGAAUAGAUGCCUUCAAGCAAAGCUCUGUCUACCAUGCUCUGAUUUCCUAAUGAUUGCUGUACUGUAAUUGGACAGAUACUCCAAGGGAAAAUUUUUAUUUCAAAGUAUCAAAGAAACAUUUUUAUUCCCUUUCUGAGGCCAGCUUCCCAGCCAUUGUUCUCAAAGCCAAAGAAAUCCCUUUAAAGAAGAAAUAUAGGCUCUGGGGAACAAAGGGACAAGCAAAACAGGUGUAGGAGAGAGAUCUUUAGAAAGGAUUUUCUAGCCACUGAGAUGGGUAAAUGAAUCAUAACGUAUAUGUGAAUAAGAUGCAUAUAAAUAGCAUUUACAAUAGUGAAGUCUUACUUAUUUAGAUGCAAUGACAUGAAGAAAAGUUGUAUGUUACAGGAUCUGUCACAGUUCAGCUCACUGUAGUUUUAUAUAGAAACGAUCCUGAGCAAUCUAAACUUUAUAUGGUUCUUGCAGUCACGUUUUAUCUUUAGUAUUUGUACCUUCAGAAAUGUCAGAACUAAGGCCUAGCCACAAUUAUCUCAGCAUGUGCAUUAAAAAGGAUGUUUCAUGAAAUUUCAGAUUAAAUAAUGGCUAAACAUAGUGUGUCCCCAGUUAUAAAACCAAUUCAUGUGCCAUAUUCUACUUGAAAGGCUUUUAUCUUCCUGUAAGCUUUUCAUUGGGCUCUUCCUGCCCAGAGACUGAUUUAUAACUGUCACUUUUAGAAUGUGCUGGCACCAGUUUUUAGCAUAUGCAGUACAGAAGCAGAGCUAGGGCCUGAUCGCCGAAGAUAGCACUGCGUUUCAGAGUUUCUUGUGAUGAUUGUCAAAUAAAUCGUGCCUACUGAUAUAACCAGCUCCA